GCCCGUUUCUGUGUCCUCCGGCCCCUUACGGACAGCCCGUCCGUGCCGGGGAGGUGCCGCGGAGCCGCCGGGUAACCGCGCUCUUUGUCGCGGCCGCGGAGCUGCGGCCGCCGCGAGGAGGAGCUCGGCGUUACCCACAGGCCCCCGCCCGCCGCCACUUCCGCCGCGACCAUUUUGUUCUUCAGCGCCGUGAAGGGUACGCGCUCCGCUCGCACCAUGUUCCCCGUGGCCAGGGCCGCGCUGAACCUCGCCGCUCGUGGCAUCCAGCACACUGCAGUCAGACAAGCUCAUCGCAAGCAUGAGCCGAACUUCCACGAUAAAUACGGGAACUUGGUCCUCCUUGGUGGAGCUGCCGUUUUCGUCAGUGUCUGGGGAUAUGUGCUAACACAGCUUGGAAUGGAGUGGGGCUUGUCACCUGUUGGCAGAAUCACUCCAAGAGAAUGGAGGGAGUAACAGCCUCUGCUUCUAAUGAACUGCUCUGAACUUUCACUGAGAAAAUGGUCCCGUAAUGGCAUUUGUUCCCUGAUUACCACUUGUGCAGUGGCAUUCCUGGUCUAAUAAACAUACCUAGAAACCUG